AUGCAAGAAGUAAAUGAAAGAAAGAUAUCAACAAUAACAAAAAAUGAUAAUGUUUUAGAUUUAGUUAAGAUCAAAGUUAGAUUAGAUGAACACUUUUAUAUAUUCUCUCGUUUUAUGAUAAGCAGAAUGUUAACAUUAUCUAGAAUAAAAAAAUUAGAUGCUAUCUAAAUUGCCAAAGACAUUAAAAAAUAAUUAAUAGAUAGGAAUUCUCUUGAAAUUAAUUCAAAUGAAUUAGAAGCUAUUAUAUUUUAGACAAUGAAUAAAUUUGGAUAUUAGAAUAACAUCCAAAAAUAUCUAAUGGUUUCAAAGUACUAAAUCAAAAAAUCGUAGUUUUUAUCGACACAGAACACCUAUGAUCAUUAUUAUUUUUGGUGCCCCAAGUAUUGGAAAAUCUCUAUUAGCUAAUAACUUAGCAGAAAGACUUAAUAUUUCUAAUGUAUUGCAAACUGAUAUUGUUGAAAUGGUUAUGAGAAGUAUAAAUCCAGAAUAAUUCAUAUAUAAUGAUAAUGAGAAUUUCAUUACUAAGUUUAAGAAAGUAAAAGAAUUAUAAUUAAUUAAGAGAAUUGCAGAUUGAUUAGAAGAGGUGUAUCAACUGAUAUAUCUAAAUGUUUAUCUGAAGGCAAAGCAGUAAUUAUAGAAGGAAGUGCAGCAAUGCCAGAAUAUUAUUUAUAAGCUAUUGAUUAAUAAGAUUUUGAAGAUGAUUAAUAAUAAUUAUAAUUAAUUACAAGUUUCACCUAAAAUGAUAUUAAACUCAAAAAACUUUAAAGAAAAGAUUUAUUGCUUUUUAAUUAAUAAAAAAAAUUAAAUACACAAUUUAAAAUCAUCUUUCCAUAACCUGAUUAAGAUUUAGAAAAUGAAUAAUAAUAUUAAAAACAAUUAAAAUUAUGCAAAGAUUUGGAUAAAAUUGUAAAUAAAUAGAAUAUAUAUAUUUUAUUAGGAUUAAUCACAUUCAAUGAUUCUAGGUUUCUUACCAAUAUUAUCUAGAAAUGAUCAUUUAUAUAAUAUAGAAAAUAAUAUGAGUAAAAAAAUACCAAAAGAUUUAAUCGAAGAAAAAUUAAAUUAAUUUCAAUCUAUUUAGAAUGAAUUAUUAAAAUAAAGAAGCAAAUGUAUACUUUUACCUAUCAAUUUACAUAAUUUAGAAGAAACUUUAGUAAUAUAUAUAUAUAUAUUAUUUAAAGGAUACUAUGCAUGAUAUCAUAUUAUAAAAAAUAUUAGAUCAAUCCAAUUGA